UGCUGUUUGAUUUUGUUUUCAUUCUGCUUUUCGUCAGCCAGAGGAAAGGAUGGUUUCAGUCACACAGAAGAGCAGAAGCUGUGUGCUGCUGCUUCUCUCGCUCACCCCAUCAAUCUUUCCCCUUCUGCACAUCUCUAUCCUCCCUGCUUUCACCAUCUCUGUCUGGCCUGUUCUUUCUUUAUCUGUCCUGACCACACCAAAAGCCUUCAUCCCUCCUCUUGGGGACACAAACAUAUCAACCACUUAUUUUACCACUCCUGCAAUCCUGAAAUCAUCCACCUCCACCAUCAGCCCAACGUCUUUGUCAGAAGCCAAUACCACAACUCACUCAAAAUCAACGUCAGCUACAUCUACAAUGUCACCCUGCGACCUGACAUCCCCCAGAUGCCUUCUCACAUCCUCACCCUCAGCCUACUUGCUACCUCACCCCUGUAAACAUCUGACCUCAACCCUCAAAACUACAGGACCACCUCUGCACAAAAACCUCCCAUGUCAUUUGUCCAAAAUGACUCAUGUGUCUUCUGAACAGCAUCCUCUUCACACUGCUAAAGAACAUCCUCCCUCCAACUCCACUUCACUUCCAAAAAGGUUGUCAUCAUUCCCUCUACUUCAAACUGCUUCACCCAAGCUCCCCUCUCCUGUUUCGCCAUCAGCCCUCUCCACAGCGUUCUUGCCUUUAACCUCUGAAACUUCGCCGCCACCUCUCGCCAAGACCUCACCCAUCCUUCUCCCUAAAACCCCGACAUCUCCUCUAGGAGCAGCAGCCUCUCGUCAGCCAGUGCGACAUCCGCCUCCCCUUCUCCCCCACACUACAGGUCCAAUGUUUGAGCACCAGCCUUUCAUUGUCAGUUGGAAUAUUCCUGAUGUUGUGUGCAACAGGCUCAACAUCACACUAGACAGCUCACCCUUUAAAGGAGUGGCCACACCUGCUAAGGUACCAGGCCAGUUUCUGUCUCUGUUUUACACAGACCGAUUGGGUCUAUACCCACAUGUAGACCUCACUAGUAGGAAACAGUUCAAUGGUGGCAUCCCUCAGAGAGGUAACCUGAAAGCCAGUAUUAACAAGGCCAGAGCAGAUAUUAACUAUUACAUCCCAUCCAAGACGAGCCGAGGCUUGGCUGUGAUAGACUGGGAGGAAUGGCGCCCCCUAUGGGACAGAAACUGGGGCCCCAAGAGAAUCUACCAGACUUUAUCUGUGGCCCACCUUAUGCAGACAAACCGCUCCCUCACAGUGCAGCAGGCCACAGAGAAAGCAAAACAACAAUUCCAAGUGGCAGCUAAGAGUUUCAUGUCAGGGAUGUUGGCAAUGGGAAGAGCUAUGAGACCCAACUAUCUCUGGGGCUUCUACCUGUUUCCUAACUGCUACAAUUAUGGCUGGGAAAAGGAAGACUACACAGGCCGUUGCUCCAACCAGGUGAAGAAGCAGAAUGAUGAGUUGCUCUGGCUGUGGGAGUCCAGCACUGCCCUCUACCCCUCUGUCUACCUGCAGGUUUUUCUGGCAGACAAUCCCAGAGCCGCCCUGAUGGUGAGAAACCGUGUGAAGGAAGCUUUGAGAGUAUCUGCCCUGCCAAGAAGGAGUGGCACUGCGCCUGUGUUUGCUUACAUGCGACCUGUCUUUGUUGAUCAGAAUAGACGCUUCCUCAGCCAGGGAGACUUGGUCAGCACCAUUGGGGAGAGUGCAGCAGUGGGAGUGUCUGGCGCUGUGCUGUGGGGGGCCAGCGCUGACUAUGAUGACCAGACAUCUUGUGCAGGCCUCUCAUCCUACCUCUCCACCACCCUCAACCCUUACAUCACCAAUGUCACCAUAGCCGCCCAGCUCUGCAGCAACUUCCUGUGUCGAGGGAAUGGCCGCUGUGUCCGAAAAAACUACAACUCAAGUCACUACCUCCAUCUGAACCCGGAGAAUUUCAGGAUCCUGCAUGUUCAGAAGCGCUAUCUUGUCUUAGGGAGACCCACGCUCACAGAUCUAAAGGCUUUGAGCAGGAAGUUUACCUGUCAAUGCUACAAAGGACUGAUCUGCAAUCCCAGGACAUACGGAGAGCUAGCCAAAGCCCUGAUAUUUAGUGUGAAGCAAGGGCUGUACCAAAAGUUUCACACUCUAAAUAAAGCAAUGCUGGACAAUACACAACAAACCAGUAUUACUAAGGACAAUGUUAAAAAGAACUUCAAAGUUUAGCUUGUAAUCAAAAUGUUUGGUGACUUUUUUCAAGAAACACACCAUUUAGACCAAUACUGUAUAUUCAAACCUGGAAACUACCUAGUCAUGCAACAAUCCAGUGCUGGACAUUUCAUCUGAAAUAUUAAAAGGGCUCAGGAACCAUCACCUCAUCUCUAUAAUGCGUCCACACUAUGACCACUGGUAGAAUGUAAGUAAAAUGCUCCAUAGUCUUGCCAAAGAACAGGGGAUUGCCUAAUCUAAAAUCAAACUUACAAACAAAUGUGCUCUAUUAAGUAUUCCCACCGGGUAUUUGUAUAUGAUUUGACUGCAUAUGUAAAUAAAUGAAAAGAGA